UAAGACAAUGGCCGAGAUGUUCCAUUUAAACAAGUCCUCAGGGUAGGAUGAUUUAUUACUAUAACUUGUGUAAUAUUUAAAUUUAAUUAAAAUAAAGAAACCCAUUCGAUUAGAACCAGCGUGUCACUAAAACACUUAAUUCACGAUUGUUUUUUUUUUUUUUUAAAUCCCACAAUCCUUUGCGUUCAGCGGACUGCGUGCGACGGAUUUCGAGGCUAAAAACAAAUCAAUGAUUCUCACUGUUGGAGACAUUUUGUAAAAAUCACUAUGGAGACGGAACAACCAAAGAACGACAGUGCUUCACACGCACCUGCCACUUCUGAAUCAAAGAAGCCAAGCCAGGCUCUGUACCAGCCAAAGAAACGACUCCAAUCCGCUAAAGACAAACCUCAAGUUGAAGGAGAAGUAAAACCAAGACCCAGGCCUCGCUACACGGACAAGGCUAAAAAGAACGCUAAGAACAAGAAGGACAAGGCAGAAGGUGCAGGGAAUCAACCUGUGGAAGGAGCCGAGAGGCAAACUGAUCCCGCCAACCCUGUUGUGGAGGAGAGGCAACUACAGUGUCCAGAUGUUGACACUAAUGGGCAGCUCAACUUAGAAAAUGCUGAGACAGAUGUUUCCUCCCGGCUUGAAGAGGCUUCCUGUCACGAAGAAAAGGGACAAGAGGAGAGUUGGGACACCUUGUUCAAUGAUGAUGGAGAUUGUCUUAGUCAUCAGCUGCUUGAAGAGCUGUCGCUCAGCGAAGGAAAAAAAAAGAAGUCAAUCCAAGAUGCCAAAUUUGAUUUUUACAACAUGAACAGAUUCGACGACGACGACGACGACAACACAGACGACAGUAUGGAGGAGCUCGCUCACAUCAUCGAGAUCUACGAUUUUCCCUCUGAGUUUAAAACAGAGGAUCUUUUCAAGUUAUUUCAGGCUUACCAACAGAGAGGCCUCGACAUCAAGUGGAUUGACGACUCACACGCUCUUGGUCUCUUUGCAAGCCCCAUUGCAGCUCGUGACGCUUUAAGAAGUAAACAACCAUUGAUGAAGAUGCGGCCACUCUCCGAAUCAUCUUCUGCGACAAAGGCCAAAGCCCGUAGCCUUUGGGAAUCGCCUCUGCCUCCUAAGGAGAGACCUCAGACCAGUGCAGCUUUGGCUCGCAGGCUUGUCACUGGUGCACUCGGUGUGAAGAGCAACCUGACAAAGGAGCAGCGGGAUUCCGAGAGGAAGAAGCUCCAGGAAGCAAAAGAACAAAAGCGUCUGGCAGCCAAACAGAGGGAAGAUGCUUGGGAGGGAAAGUGAUUGAAGAGCAAACUUGCCCAGCUUCGCUUGACUCAAGUCAGGCCACGCCCACCUACCACCACACUUUCUUGACAUGUAGUCAGUCCCACCUUUUACCAAGCAUGCAGUGUCUCGUGUCAUUGCUGGUUUUAGUAGAAUCCUCAUCUUUUAGUCAAAUCCUUCCCAUUACCUGAAUUCAAUAUGACAUCUUCAAAUUGAUCCAUAGCGAUACAGCAGUGACGUGCGGCGAGGUUCAUGGCUGGUGAGGCACUGACUUAAUCACAGUCAGAUUUAUAAACAUAUGAACCCUAUAGAGUAUCUUAUUCACCAUUUGAUUGGCAGCAGUUAACAGGUUAUGUUUAAAAGCUCAUAUUCUUCCCUGCUUGGCACUCAGCAUCAAGGGUUGGAAUUGGGGGUUAAAUCACCAAAAAUGAUUGCCGGCCGCUGCUGCACACUGCUCCCCUCACCUCCUAGGGGGUGAACAAGGAAUGGGUCAAAUGCAGAGGACAAGUUUCACCACACCUAGUGUGUGUGUGACAAUCAUUGGUACUUUAACUUAAUGUAGCAGGUGCUUUAGCUAGUAUAGUAUAGUAUGAAUAAAUUACACUUAUUAUUAUCAUUAUUAGCAAUAAUACUGCUAACAUUAACAAUAUGUAUGUAGAAAAUAACAAACACGACAGUACACAGUGUUGUCACUAUGACAGGUGUAACCGCGCUCCAGCGGCCGUGUUCAUUCAUUGUGUUUACUAUAGCAUAAAAAAUGCAGAUGGCCUUAAAACGCCACACUACUCAGUCACCAUAUUUAAGUACCCAAAAUAAAUUCAAUCGGAUCAGAAACAUUGGAGGAAACGGGAUUAAAACCCGAUGCUAACCGCCCAUAGAAAAUACAUGGGUACGGCUAGUAGCUACUGUUAGCAAACAGACUUACCAACUCGGCGUAAUAUCUCAACAUCGACACACUCUUUUGUCGCAACUCGGCCCUGAUGGUCGGCACCUAUAAGUUUACAAUUAGUUGUAAAAUGUUGGACGGUUGUUUUUACGAUAUGCAGGCAAAUGACAACUUAAAAACAUACCGGCUUCAGAUGUCCCCAUGCAGACCUAGCCGAGUAGUGCAAGAAUGAUCUCUGGGAUCACUAGCGCCCUACCACCAGGAGGCCGGAGAACCGGAGCCUCACAUUGUAGGUCUUUGCAGCAGUUUUAUGAUUGCCCAGCACAAGAAAUACGUUACUCACAUACAGUCAUACAGUUGUUGACAAAAUUCACUGCACAUUAUAUACCUCAGCUAACUAAACUAUGGAAAUGUAUAAUCAAACACAUAUAGCAAUAUGGUCUCACUGCACAGCAGUCCAGCAGUUAGCCGAGUCAUUGCGCAAUCCAUGGUGACGGGGAGGCUCAGCUGGCUGUGACUCACUGCAAGUCAUUCUCAGUAUUUAAAUGGCGAGUGUGAAAAUUAAGCGAUUUUGAAUAAAAAAUAAUUUAAAACUGGUGAAGUUAAAUGGAAAAUAACUUUAUAGUAUAAUUACUAGAUACUUAUAACAAUAUAAUUAUUAUUUUUUCUUUUUGCAUUUUUUUCUUUCCAUGAUUUCCGCCCCUGACUGCACGUCACUGCGAUACAGCAACUAUAAUUCUGAGUGAGGACGAAAUAUUGUAUGUACAUUCACUUUUCCAAGGUGACAUAAAGCCUUUGUCAGUCCAAGGUUAUCACGUUCACAUUUUAAAACAAUGAUAUACAUGUAUUUAUAUAGUCAUUAUUAGUAGGUUUGUAUAGGAAUUGUAGUCAGGUUUUGUGUGUGUGUCCACUUCACUAGUAAAGUAAGGGUUUUAGUCCAGCAGUGUAGAUAUUGGGUCUCUGGAUGCUAAAAAUCAUGAAUUGGGUUUAAAAUGAGGGAGCAAUAGUAAUCAUUUAAUGUACAUAAUCUCCUGUAUAUGUGGAACCUCACCUGACUCCUGCAAGUCACUUGAGGUGAAUGUUUUAUUUUCUGCAACAUAAUAUGAACAGUGGGUGACGUUGUAAAUAUAAUGAAAUGGAAAUAAACCAUGAGCUCUGUGUUCCAUCAAA